AUGUCAAAGGCUGCAGUGGGUCUGCCACGCUUGGUCAGGUCGUAUUCUUACGAGGAAGAAGAGGAGGAGGCGAUGGCGAAGGAGAAGGAGGAGAAGGUGGAGGACGAAGCCGCAAAGGCCGCUCUGGAAGCCGCGCAGGCUGCAGAGGAGGAACAGAAGCGGCAAGCUGAAGCUGCGCUGAAAGCGGAGGAAGAGCGCAAAGCCCUCGAAGCGCAGAAAGAGGCAGAAGCGGAGGCCUGGCCAAGCCCAGACCAGCCUGUGGAGCGCGAUGCAAUCGUGGGGAGCAAUGAGUCUCCGAACUUACUCAGGUUCGGCGAAGGGUCACCCGUCGAUGGCGUCGAUGCCCGCAAUGAAGGGCUUCAGCGGGACUUGAUUUCCCACAGCGCUGCUCUCAGGGCCUUCGAGAAGGCUUGCAAAUGGCAGGGUGCACUGGUGCUCCUUUGUCAGAUGCACUUUUCUCGGAUUUCCUGCGACGUCAUCGUUUACACUACUGCCAUCACCGCGUGCGAAAGGGAGUGGCAGCAAGCUUUGCAGCUCCUUGCGGACAUGGAGGAAGGAAAGUUGGAUGGUGAUGUGGUUGCUUUCAGUGCUGCUAUCAGCACUUGCGCGAAGGCUGAGAAAUGGGAACCUGCGCUGGCCUUGUUUGCACAGAUGCUUUCAACUACCAUUCAGGCGGACGUCAAGGCAUACAGUGCAGCAACAAGCGCUGCGGAGAAAGGUGGCCGGUGGGAGUGUGCCCUGUCCAUGCUCAAUGUAAUGGAGCACAGCCUUCUACGUGGGGACCGAGUCACAUACAGUGCUGCCAUCAGUGCCUGCGAGAAGAACAAGGAGUGGCAGUAUUCUCUUCUACUUCUGUUCGGGCUCCGAGCUAAACGAUUGCGGAACGACCUCAUCGCAUACAAUGCGGGUAUCAGCGCUUGUGAGAAGGGUGAAAUUUGGCACGCUGCAUGCGCUCUGAUAGACAAGGCAUGCUGCAGCCAAUUGCAGGAAGACAUUAUCACCCUCAAUUCGCUACUUCGGGCCCUGGGGAAUGCUGGGCAAUGGCAGAGGUCUGUUCAAGUUCUGCAUGAGGAUGCAAAGCUUGUGGAGCUUGGCCUUUCUGCUUUCAGUGCAGCUAUUGGGGCUUGUGAGAGAGGCUUCAAGUGGCGUGAAUCGCUCCGGCUGCUUCUGGACUUAUCGCGCAGAAGCUGGGUGGGCAAUGCGAUGACGCACAACAGUGCGUUGUUUGCAUGUGCGAGAGCUGAAGAAUGGGAGAUCGCGCUUUGGCUUUUCGCAAACCUGCUUGAGACAGGUCGAUUCGAUGUGUUCUCCUGCCAAAGUGCUUUGUCUGCGUGUGCGACAGGGGAUCUACCACUGGCUGCAUGCGAGUUGUUCCUCGAAGUGGAUAGAUUUGCCCUCGCAGCUUUGCAUGUUUUAGACGGCGAAAACGCCGGGAUUCUCGGUCGUCGUGGCCUGUCGCAAGUUGCCUCAUCCCUGCCUGGCAAUAGCAUCUCUUCGCCAAAGGAGGCUCGGCAAGCAGCCCUCCGAGAGCAAGAGAAGAAGGCGAAAGAGGAGGAGGUCUCUCUGGUGCGAAGUUCGUCCCAGGACCUUCGAAUCGUGGUCGCCAUGGGUCACACGCCGAGCACUAUGAUGGGACCCGGCAUCCUGACGACCAUUGCUUCACCAGUGCUCCGGCCCUCUUUGGUCUCAAAUGCUGCCAGGCAGCAUCAGACCAGAGCCCAGGCUGCUGCACAGCAACGGCACACUCUUGCUACCCGCCAGGCACGGUGCCACAUCAGUCCGCUCACUACGGCCGCUGUGAUUCCCCUGCUCUGUGCAUCAGGUGCCGGAACCUCUCGUUGCUCACGUGGUCCACGGCUGCAGCGGCGCUGCACAAGGACUGCCCAGGCGCCUGUGAGCGUGGAGGAGGCUGCCAAGCACGUCAAGGGGCUGCACCUGUUCCCGGACUUCCUGAGUGAAGAAGAGGGACGGGAGCUCGCGGACUUUUUGGACCAGGGCGAACCGAAGUGGAGCCAAGAACAGUUCGGAGUUCCAACCCUCUACCGGGUGAAGCACUUCGGUGUCCUUGGCUCUCUGCGACCACGCAUGGUGCGCCUUCCAGAUCCAAAGCUUGGCGAAGUGGAUCUGCCAUGCGACGGCAUCCUCGGGCUUGUGUCACAGAGGCUGUCACAACAAGGCUUGCCAUGGAGCCGCUGCCUGAAGGGAUUUGUGCCGAAUGAGGCAAAUGUCAACGACUACAGCCGUGAUGGCUCCCGGCUGCUUCUUCACUGGGACGAUCGCGGCCUUUACGAAGAAUGUGUCUGCUCAGUCACCGUCAUGGGGGACUGUGUGAUGACGUUUCAGAUGGGAGGAAGGUCCAACCUCAGCGCGCCUUCAUCGAAGACUGCAGGUGCCGAUGCGCCAACGAUACGUGUGGCCAUACCUCCACGAUCGCUGCUGGUGCUGCGUGGUUCUGCACGCUACGAGUGGCAGCACGGAAUUCCGGAGGCUGAAGAUUUCCUAUCAGACCGGCGCAUGGCCGUCAUCUUCCGGCGAGUGAAAGGUGUGCCUCAGGCCGCCAAAGCUUCCCGAGACUCGGACUCGCCGGUUGAGAAGCUGGCGGAGGAGCGCGGCCGAAAGAGACCCAACGCGCCGGGGCCCUGCCGUGCCAUGGUCAUCAGCACAAACUGGCCGGAUCCGGACGUGUCUGCUGCAGGGCGAGUGACGGCUGGUCGGCUUCGCCUACUACGCAGCUUCUGUGGCCUCGAAUCUGACAAUCCGGUCUCUUUUGCAUCGCCGGCACGUCCGGGCAAUGCUCAGGGAAAGCUGUCUGCCGCGAACGAUGUGAAGUGUUUCCGCAUCAAGAGCAACGAUGAGACCUCCGUGGUGGCUGCCCUGGAGUCUUCUGGAGAUCCGGAGCUCAUUGUCUUCGAUGGCUUCAAUGCGGAAGAGAGGUUUGGGCACUACGUUCGGGAAAGGCAACCUGAUGCCAUGCGCGUGCUGGACAUGCAGGACUUCCAUGCUCUUCGACUCGGUCGGGAGCGGCUCAUUGCAGGUGGUGCAGAUGCUGGCGCGGUUGCCUCCUACCGGCCGAAGGCUUUCGACGAGGACUUGCAGCGUGAGCUGGCUUCUAUCCAUCGAUGUGAUGCGACGCUGGCCAUCUCGGAAGACGAGCGGGUUCUGCUAGUGGACACCUAUGGAGUGCCGAGCUGGAAGGUCGCUGCGGCACCUUUCGGCUUUGCUCAGCCUUCUGGGGUGCUGCCCGGCUAUCAACGCCGGCAGGGCGCCAUGUUCAUCGGGAACUGGCGCCACAGGCCGAAUCGGGACUGUGCGAAGUGGCUCAUCCAAGAGGUCUGGCCAUUGGUGCGCCAACGGUUGCCCGACUUGGAGCUAAGCGUCUACGGCGCAAAUCAGACUCCAGAAGAUGCUGCGCUGACUCAAGAGAGCCUUGGUGCUUACGUGCGUGGCUACUGCCGCUCUGUGAAGAAAGCUAUGCAGCAACAUCAGCUGCUGGUAGCGCCGUUGCGUUAUGGCGCCGGUGUGAAGGGCAAGGUCCUGGAGGCAAUGCAGCAUGGCCUUGUGGUGGUCACCACCCCUGUGGGCGUGGAAGGCAUCGCUGCGCCCGAGGAUUUCCCGGGCUAUGUGGUGGAAACUGGAGGGGAGGAUGCGGAGGCAUUCGCCGAGGGCAUCGUGGAAGCCUUGAGGGACCCAGCUCAGUGGGAGGUGCAGCAGCAGCGUGCAGCAGCUCUUCUCGGGGAACGCUUUGAUGAGAACCGCCUGGAGGAGAAGUUGAGGGACUUUCUCAGCGAGCGGUGGCAGCAACUCGAAAGCGACCGUCAGCGUGACUACGUCGGGCAAAUGCUUUGGCACAGCUCGUUACGUUCCACCGAGCUGAUGGCAAAGUACAUUGCCACGAAGGAGCAGGCGAGAGUUCAUCCAGGCAGCGCUGAUGCGAAGAAGAUUGGAAAGGCUGGCUUCCAUGGAGGUGGGUAUGCCUGGGUCCCCAGCAUGUCCGAACGCACUUCAGGCAGCAUGUGCUUCAAAGCCGGAGGUCCUCGCUGCGGUGAGGACAACAAGCCCGAACGGCAGCCGUGGUCACAGAGAUGCAUGGCACAGACGGGGCAGGGUGAGAGCCUGACGAAAGAUGCCAAGGCAUUGCAACAACUGCGGUGCACCAGCUCCGUGGGUGUGCAGUCCCCGGUGCCAGUAGCGGCCAUCGCAACACAAACGCCGUGGCCCUUGCAGUUCUUUGCCCAGGUCGAAGUCCUUCGAGGCGGUUUGCGUUUCUUUGCCACAUGGGUUAUGCUGGGAUGCAUGAAGACGCUAUGGAGCUGCAUAGCUGUGACUGUGCUAUCCCAAUGCAAGGAUGCAGAGGACGGAUUUCGUGGCGACACAGUCUGCGUCAAAGACUUGAGAGAUAACCUGCGCAAGAUCGCCGCCGACCUGGAGCCAGCACCAACAGCUCCGUGCGCACAGGCGGCAAAUUCUUGGCUGCCAAGUGUCCUCGAAGGCGAGAACCUUACGAUCUUGCAGGAGGGGGAGCUUCGGCUUCGAGUCUUGCCCGCGGCCGUCAGCAGGAAGCCCUUCUCUUACAAGGUCACCGCAGGAUCGACAGGAGCACGGCUGAAGGUAAGAGCUGCCAGCGUUGUCAUUGAAGGAAAUGGGAGGAGUGCGCUCCACACAUCCGUGCCGCUGACUCCUCGUCAGGGGUUUCCACGGAGCCAUGCUCGAGGACCCACGCACCUGGCCCGCCAGCCCAACAUCUAUGUGCUUGUUCUGGACUCUGUGUCAAUCCACACAUUGGAGGAGCUCUUACCGUUAACUUUGCAAGCUUUGCGUCGCGCCGGCCCUGGCUACGUCGGCGGUGCAGCAGGUUGGUUUCACAGCAUCCAAUGGGGCAGCACGGUCCAAAAUCUCUACCCCAUGCUCGGGGGCCUCGAACUUGAGGGGGAUAACUCGCACAACCUCCUCCGCACACUCAAGCAGAGUGGCUACCGAGUUGGAGUGUUCUGCGAAUUCAGGGAUUACUUCUGCGGCGAGCAGGAGGAUCUGGGGCUGGCCGAUGACGUUUUCCCGCUGACACGGCGGGACACAUGGCGCGAGACCUGGGUCGAGAGGCAUUCCCCUUGCGUGGCGCGCCUUCGGCGGCAGAGCUCGACGCUGUGCCCCAGGUGUGCUGGCACCAAGCUGCUGUCUGAAGAAGUCUUGGACUUUUCGCUCGCUUACCUGAGAAGCCAUCGAAAGAGACCCAACUUUGUCUUCACGAAGCUCUAUGGCUGGCACACAACGCAAGACGCCCAGAGCCUGCCGCUGCUUGACCGAACUGUGGCGUCCCAUCUGGCCAAGGUCUUCUCGGCGGACUCCCAAAAUGGUGACAUUGUGUUUGUAGGUUCGGACCACGGAAGGCUUGACCUGUUUUACCUGUGCGAGCAACGCAGUCCCUUCUUGCACUUCUACAAGUCUCGUUCUGCGAUCGUGGCCCUGUCUUACAAGGAUUCCUUGAUCGGCUUGCGAGAGGCAGAGACAUCUGCAGAAUGGGAGGCUUUCUUGGACACUCAUGCCAAUUUCACAAGGGAGAUCUUUGAGAUGUACGAAGUCCCAGAGCGCAUCCUCACUUGGUUCGAUGUCUACACCUCUAUUCGCCACACAGCGCACCCCGCCCUGGAUUUGGGAGCUUCGGCCAUCGAAGCCUUGGACAAGCUGCGGAGCUGGCAUUUGCAGAAGGUGCUUGUAGCUUCUCCCGUCAGCAGGGUGCAGCUUCCCAGCCGGUUAACCGACGUCUUCACACCGGAGAGCCUGUUCUUGUUCCCUCGGCCUGGGGUGCGAAACUGUGCCGAGGCGGGCAUCUCAUUGGACAACUGUCCAUGGCAGGACACCCGAUCCGUUCAUCUUUGCGUUGCACCCUCUGAGCUGUCUGACUUUACACGCUCGCGGUACCCGGUUCUUGCUUUCGCGCCGAACCGCUCUGCUGCCGAUCGUUGGCUGCGUCAUGGGCUGGAUGAGCAGGAGCGCUUCAUGGAGCAGUGCCGUGACUUUGCUCAGAAAGCGAUCAUAGCGACCCUUCAGGUCAUCAACGAGGCGCUGGAGCCUGCUGGUUCACGCUGUGCUCGCUUCACAGCUGAGCAGGCUGUGCUGGAGAUUGCAUCCUUUGGUUUCAACCCAACCUUCCACACCGAUCUCAGAAUCGCAACCAGGCCCAUGCUGCCCGGAAUCCUCACUGAUGUGGUUGUUUUCGAUGUCCGAUGGUUCACGGAGCAGGCAGAGGGGGAGCCUUGGCAUCCGACUUUCUCCGGACAGGCCGAAGUUCGGCAGGCGACAACCUACCAGGCACACGAGAGUUGCACUCCCGUUGGAGUGAACCCGGAAUUCUGCGUAUGUGACUUCCAGCGGCAUUUGUACGGAAUGCCAGAGAAGUCAACAAAAAGUGCAGACCGCCUAAUUCGUUAG